GUAUGGGAGCAUAUUGGAGAAAGUGCAUAUGCUGGUUACAGGCCACUCACUUGCUUUCUGGUGUCCUAAACAACCAAAAAACCUUCAAUUCCUGGGUAGUUCUCUAUGGCAUCUGAACCCUGAACCCAAUAACUCUGGGUUAUUGAGGGAGAAACAACCCAAAGCUAUAACUUAUGGUUUGUUCUUGGAUUAUAAUGCUGGGUUAUUUCUCCCUGAAGAACCCGGAAUUCUGGAUUUGGACAUCAUAAAAACCAACCCAAAGACAAACUGACCACCAGUUAUUUAGCAUAGUACAAGCAGGUAAGUGGGACUCUCACAGUUCCAAACAAUCCGUGAUUAGCAAACCAUGGGUUGUUUCAUCAAGCAUGUUGUUUCUAUGAAAAUAGCUUUUUCAUGUCUCUAGAAUAGGCAACACAGGGCCUGCUGGGGGCUUUGCUUCACCAUUGCAACCAACCAACCAAAAAAUAAAAUAAAAUAUGCUGUCUGGAGCCUAAUCAUGACUAGUAUUAGGUCUUUGCUGGCAUUCAGUGCAGCUGAGAGUUGUCGUGAUAACAGACUAAUAUCUCCUCUCUUUUUUGCAGGUAUUUUUGAUAGAAUAUACGGGUCCAUUGUUCAUCUAUUUUGUGUUUUAUUUCCGCAUGCCUUUUAUCUAUGGCCUGGAUGACAGGGUUACCUCAAGCCGACAUUCAGUUGUUAACUUGGCAUGUAUCUGCCAUUCUUUCCACUACAUCAAAAGGUUGAUUGAAACAAUAUUUGUUCAUCGGUUCUCCCAUGGAACUAUGCCACUGAGGAAUAUUGUUAAGAAUUGUUUCUAUUACUGGGGAUUUGCAGCCUGGCUUGCUUAUUAUAUCAACCACCCUCUUUACACACCACCCUCUUAUGGACAAAAACAGAUCAAUUUUGCUCUGAUCAUGAUUCUGACAUGUGAAGCUGGAAAUUUUUCUAUUCAUGUUGCACUUAGUAAUCUAAGAAGAGAUGGUAAAAGAUCCAAGACCUGUAAAAUCCCUUAUCCAACAAAGAAUCCUUUCACAUGGCUAUUUUAUUUUGUUUCCUGCCCUAAUUAUACUUAUGAGCUGGGGACAUGGAUUGGUUUUACUAUCAUGACUCAGUGUGUUCCAGUGGGAUUGUUCACCUUGCUCUGUUUCAUCCAGAUGACAGUCUGGGCAAAGAAUAAACACCGCACCUAUAUGCGAGAGUUUAAGGACUACCCUAGCCUAAGAAUGUCAAUUGUUCCUUUCUUAUUAUAAGAGUGAGAUUGUUUUUCAUGAAUCAAGCAAAGUUGAUGGAUCUGUAUGGAGAAAACAUUAGGCAAAUAUGAUAUGUUAAGAAGAUAAUUUAGGUGAAGUGUUUCAGAUGCAUGCUGAACCUACUCUGCAGUGAGAAAUCCAAGGACUCAAAAGCCAUGUCUCCCCUAUUUCUGAAUCUGCAGGAUUCAGGAUUGACUCUCUCUUUUCCUAUUGCCUUUUUAGCCAGAGAAGAGCAUUCAACUGCAGUCUAGAUCACCAAGGUAUCUUCAUCAGCUGAGAGGAGGUGCUUUCAGUAUAAAUCUGUAUUGGAAGUAGUGGCAAAAAGGAAGCAUGAGAAUUUGCAAUAAAAUAGUCUGGAAUUCCACAAACCUGCAUGUUCUGAGGGAAAUGCAAGGCAGUCUCACAACUAGAUAGCAUCCUUCUCUGCCUCCGAAAGCAGCAUGGGCUGUCUCAGUCAGGCAUUUGCUGUGGUACAUAUAUUAGCAAUGUAGAUGAAAGUAUCACCUGGAGACAACAUUAGAACUGAGUAGAAAAGACACUUAGAAUAAUAAUGCAAUACAACUCAGUUUCAGGCUGCAAGUUGGGGAUUAUUCACCUGAAUGUUCACAAUGCAAGAAAGCCCUGUGUAUGCAGAAAGCUCUAGGAUAUGAGGGGGAAAGGAUUCUGGCCUAUUUCUCCUGCCCAGCCUACUACAGGCAUUGUUUUAUUUUUAUUUUUUGGUGGGGAAAGUAUUCAAGCAUUCUCCAUAUGAUGCAUAUGAACAUUCUACCUGCAGUAUCAUUCUUGGGAAAAAAUUAUAUUGCAGUGUUGUGCACAUACUGUAUAUUUGAGAAAUCAGCCUUACUGAACUCAGUGUGAUUUACUUCCCAAACAUGCACAGGAGUUUGCCUACACACAGGUUAGAGAGCUGCAGUCCUCAGAAGAGUAUGCCUUUCUACACAUGUCAGGAUACAAAGAAAUACUGAACCUUCCUAUAUUAUAUUUUGUUCCUAGAGUAUUAGUGUGUUUUAAGAAGGCUCUGUGCAAAUUAUAUCAAGACCAUAAUGCAAUACUGUCUUAAACUUUAAAAAGGUCAACAAAGAGGUAUGAACUGUUUCCUUGACAAGAUUUAUUUCUCUAGAAUUAAUGUACAGACAUUUUUCCAACUAUUUGUAAAGAUAAUAUGCAAUAAAGUCAAGCUUAUAUUUUGA